AUGCAAGGAACUGGAGAUGGGUUAGAGGAUAUAGAUGUUGAUGCUCCUGUGAAUAGUCCUACAUAUGCUCAUUCUAAAGAAGAUUCGAGUACACAACGAAAGAGAAAAAGAAGAAAUAGUUGGGAUCCUUUGAUGAACAGCUUGAAAGAUUCGGCAGAUAUAAUUGGUUCAAAGAUUGAUAAUGCAACAAGUACCUUUAAUGCGGUUUUUGGGAUCGAGAGAGAUAGAGAAGACCUACGUAAAAAACUUAAUUCUGAGAUGAAAAAAGUUCUUGGUGUAACUGUCCGUGAUUUUAACAAGGCAGUUCGUAUGCUUUCAAAGAAUGAUGAGUUGAUGGUAAUCUUCUUUACCGUUGAGGAUGAAGACAAAUUUGAAUGGGUAAAGGACUUGCUUGAAGAUGAUGCUUAA